AUGGAUGAGGAAGGUCCACAGCCGACCUACAUGAAGUGCACGAAUUUCAUGGAGGAGUCUCUCUGUACGGCAGCUGCGCAGGGGAAAUUGAACAAAAUGAUCAGGAUCCUGCAGGAACGUGUCGACCCGGAUUGUACAAAUGACGUGGGUUAUACACCGCUACAUUUGGCUGCCGAAGCCGGCCAGUUUGAAGCUGUUAAGCUGCUACUUUGUAAUUGGGCCUCGCCAGAUCCCCUGAAUGCCAGCAAGGUGAGCCCACUGCAUCUGGCCGCCAAGAAUAAUCAUUACAAAGUUGCUCAAUUGUUAAUUUUGGUCGGAGCGGAUCCCGGCAGGGCCUGCUGGUCCGGUUGUACGCCGAGAGAGUUUGCGCCCUUCGACAGCGCGACACAGCACAUGAUUGAACAGUGUCUCAAAGGAGAGUAUCCAGAUCCGUUGGAGGUGUUUGAAAUGAAGGGAGAACCCCUUGUGCCGGCUUUCUCUAUACCAGUAGUAGAAGUGGAUCCUAAGAAGGGUCCGCCCCCGAAGAAGGAGAAGGGUGCAGCAAAGAAAUAG